CGAUUUGUGCCACCGCAGCUGUUGUUCGUGACGCAACAAUCCAAACCGAACAAAAGAUGACAAAGAAAAAAGAAGAAAAGAAGGUUUCGCUCCUCCAGACGACGAGGACCAAGAAUGCCGGCACCGGCAAGUUCACCCUCCCGUUCUUCCACUCCGGCAAGCCCCAGUCCCCGGUGAAAAAGAUCAAGGUCCCGAAGAACUUUCUCGUCGAAGACGGGACGAAAAUAUCGGACGUGACGGACCCCUACGGAGACACCCGGGACGCGAACCAGGCCGCCGGCAAGGCGAAGGCAACCCCCGCGGCUGCCGUCGCCGUUGCCGCCGUWGCCUCGCACAAGGUCCAGCCGGCACCCUGCAACGGACCGAACGCCCAGAAAACGAACCCCGCCGAGGCCGGGUCYACCGAGUCGAGCAUUCCCGGAAUGUCCCUGAACGCCGGACAAAACUCGGUGGAUUUUUCCGUGACCAAGGCCUUUGCGAACGGCGACGCCGGACCAAAGCCGGCGUCGGGAUUUCUCUCCCUCUGGCCCAUCUCCACCGAGCCCCCGCCCGCGGCGUGCACAGCGAUGCCCGAGCCACGCCGUUCGGACAAGGUCACCAACCCCGUCAAAAACUUUUCUCCCCGGUCCCCCCGGUCGCCAAAGGCACCCAUCCGGAAGAUGGCCCAGUCACCCAAAAAGGCGCCGCGAUCGCCGAAAUCCCCGCGAAGGACCGCCCUCGCGGCGUCCAAGRUGAAGACGGUGGACAUCAACAAGGGGCUCAAGUUCUCCUCCCCCGCUCCCAUGACCAUGAGCCGCUGCCAGCCGCAGAUGACACAGGAAAAGGCGGCCCCGGCCUCCAAGGACUACGACAAGCUCCAGGCGSAGUGGCUGAAGGAAACCGAGGAGAAAAAGGCGGCCGAGGCACGCCGCAUCCUCGAGGCCCAGUUCGAGGACUUUAACAACGAAAACAACCACCUCGUCGGAAACAAAAAGUCGCUCGUCAAGAAAAUCCUGGGAAAAGUCCUGCCAAAGUCUUCCGCCACCAAAAAGGUCUCGGCCAUCGAGGCGGCCAUGGCCGCGGCCGCCGCCGCCGUCGAUGCGGCGGCCUUCAAGAACACCGGAGGGAACGGCCACCCCAGCGAGGAGGAAGCCAGGGCGCUCGCCCAGCAGGCCCUCCUGGCGUCCAAGCAAAAGAACGCCAAGGACGCCGCCGAUCAAGAGCCCCGCCUGCCCGGAGCCGUCUUCCACACCUAUGCGGUCACCGAUGCCGAUCGAAUGGCUUCCGACAACAAUGUUGGAAGCCACGUCUUCUCCGACUUUCCCAUCAGCGAGGUGACGGUCCGCAGGGGAGAUUCCAUCUCCGACCUGGACGCCUCCGUGAAAAACCCGAGAAAGUUCCCCGUGGCAGAAAUCAUGAUGAACAACGACACGCACCGCAAGCAUGACGACGGGUCGGUCUCGACCCUAGGGGUCCCCCGGGUCUUUGGACAGCUGGUGGACCACCUGCUGUCCGAUCCCCGCCGGGGACACCAGCACCCGGUCACCGGUCCCGUCACCUCCGAACUGGAGGGGAGCGACUUUGGUGGCUCGGCGCCUCCUCCCGACAUGGUGACCUCCCACGACGCCAAGGCCCUGAUCGACCAGCUCGACUCCGGAACCCUGCUCGGAGACGCCACGGCGGGAACCAUCGACAACGAGGUCUACGGGUGCAACAUAGGCAACAUCUGCUUUCUGCCCGACGAGCAGCCGGUCGUCCUCACCCGGGAAACCCAGAGGUCCGAUUCCCGCGUCGAAACAGAGUACACCGAAUACAGCGGCAGCUACGAAUCGAGCUUCGAAACCGGCCAAUCGAACGARGAACCGGAGCCCUCUUCCCUCAACGAGGCCAUCGACAACGCCAUCCGGAACCACGGGAAACGGAUCUCGACGACCCGGACGUCCGAACACGAAACGGAUGGUGCGAUGCCCUCGUCUGCCGUCGCCGAGAGCCGGCAGAGCACAAGCCCCCUGGCGAGCCCGCACAAGAGCCCGACCCGAGAGGCUCCCGUGGCGGAUCACUCGCCGGUGCAAUUCGAUUCCUUUAUGAACCUCGCGGCCUCGAUGCUCCAGAUCGCCGAUCCCAACAACAGCCAGAGCGACGGCCUUGCGUCGAGCGGCGACGACACCGAGAAGCACUCGCUGCGGAGUGAACGCGCAAACGCAAACGCAAACGCAAACGCAAACGCAAACGCAAACACACCGAAGAUCCGGGGGGACAACCGGCGUUUCUUCGGAUCUAGAUCGGGCGACUCCGUCCCCUUUUCCGACGACCAGUUCGAUCUCCUUCCCAGCGGACAGCCCGCCCCGGAACCAAACCACCCGCGGUCCCCGGUGCGGACGGCGGCCGCCUCGAAACAAGCCGAGCUCGAGCGCAUCGAGCGGCAACAGGCGAGAAAGAAGCUUCUCAUGGAACAGGGACGCUUCUUGCUCGAGAAAGACGAUGAAUACUGGGAUACCCUGUCUACCAUUGCGUCCACGGCCAAGGACGAGAAGAGCUCGGACAGCGACGAGUACAUGGACGAGGUCGCUCCGCCGUCCGGACCGAUCCCGGGCGAGAUCACCACGUCCAGCAGCGACGUACAGGAUCCCAUUCCCAUCGAYGCCGAGGCAUCCUWUGCGUCYCUAUCCCAGAGCCAGGCGCACUGGGAUUCCGAGAAACAGAUCCAGGCCAACCUCGACGAAAUGAUGAACGACGUCACGGACCUCAUCGAUGCCGAGCUGCUGGACAGGCUCCCCUCCAACUACAACCACAAGGCGUCCGGUCC